CACCAUUAAUGUGCCUUCGUUGCGCACGUGUAUUACGCGUGUAUUAAGCACGGUCAGCUCUGAGGUGAGAGUAAUCUGUGAUUUUUGGUAUCUUCAAGGACAAUAUUUUAAGAUUGUGAAUAUUCAAGGCGACGUUUUGACAAUAAUGUUGAGAAGAGAAAGAAAGAAACUUCUUUUGAUUCUUCUCGUAAUUGGAGCGAUAGUCAUUAUUUUGGUAAGGUUUCAUAACAAUAAUAAUAAUAGGAAUGAGUACCAAGUGGCUGCGAAUGCUAAAGGUUUAAACGUCGCGGUUUGGAAAGAUCUCUGUGGCUCGGAUAUGCGGUCGCUGAAAGAAUUUCCUCUGUUCCCUCACGCCCCGGUGCUUCGUUUAAAAGCAAAAAGAUUUCAAAUGCACUUCACGAGGAAAUUCGAGAAUUUUGGAUUACGAAUGUAUGGAUUUCUUACUCCUGAUGAAUCUAGCAGUUACAAUUUUCAUUUAGAGUCAAGUGGAUCGUCAGAACUAUGGUUGAGUCUGGAUUCAAAUCCCGAAAACAGCAAAUUAAUUGCAAAUAUAACAUCAGGUACAAGUUUAAACCGUGCACGCGAGCAAGAUUCGAUUUCAUUAUUAGCUGGAAAGCGUUACUAUACAGAAAUUUUACUAAAACAUGGCCACCAUCACUGGUGGAAUGAUAAUUUUUUACACCUUAAAUGGCGAUCGUCCAAAUGGAAAGACGAACUAAGAGAUAUACCGUCAAAUCUACUCUCUGCAUUUGAAUAUGAUAUGACUUCAAAGCCGUUUGAUGGAGUCAAGUCAUACUCCGCUAUGAUUCAGCCUAUGCCAUCUGAGGUUAACAUCCUCCCAAUGCACAUUAGACAUCGGGAUCCAUCAUUCAUAAAUGAAGAAGUAAGACAUCGUACAGAAAUUUAUCAUCUUCCCUUCAUCAAAGAAGAAGACAGUAAAUAUUUAUUCCCUCCUUGUCAGUACAAUCCAUCCUACAUCGUGAAGGAACCUUUAUACAGAUACCAGGCAAUGUGGGAGACCCAUUACACCUCAGUCUACCCAUAUGACUUUUCAGACAUUGCAGCAGGUAUGAUGGAUAAAGAAAAAGGUUUUAUAAGCUUUGGAAAUGAUAAGAUGAAUGAAGAUGAAGCAAAGCAUGUUGUGUCUCAAGUUUGGAGGCAGAUAGAGAGCAAACAUCCCGGGAAGUAUUCUUUUAAGAAAAUCUUGAAUGUGGAACAAAACCAUGAUCAAGGUACAGGAGACAGGUAUUUGGUGGAAUUGGAACUUAGAGAAAUUUCAAGUGGGAAACAUGCGAGAUUCUCUGAAUAUGUGUACAGACCCUGGGAUACACAUGUGCUAUGCACCCCUGAAGGUGUGACAUGGAACAAGAGUGCUGUCAUCAAUAUCCUUCUCACCAUUGGGAAUAAACAAGGAAGUUGGAUCCUUCAUUUUUUGAAUCACAUGUCAAAAAUAUUCAAGAAAACCAAUGAUUCCAAUUUCAAUAUAGUAGUUACUGAAUUUGAUGGUGUUGAUAUUGACAUGAAAGAAGCUCUGAAGAAGAGUGGAAUUCCACAUUAUCAGCAUCUUAGACUUCGAGAGGGAUUUAAAAAAGCCUGGGGACUACAACUGGCUGCUAAUAUGGUUACAAAUCCAAACUCAAUACUGUUUGUUAUGGAUCUUCAUUUGGAUAUUCCCAACCAUUUUCUGGAUGAUGUCAGAAAGCACUGUGUUCAGGGUAAGAUUGCUUACAGCCCUUUGCUUAUCCGCCUAUCAUGUGGGGCCACAGCUCAUCGUCCUGUAGGCUUUUGGGAGUUCUAUGGGUAUGGUUUGAUGGGCAUGUACAAAAGUGACUGGGACAGAAUUGGAGGAAUGAAUGUAAAAGAAUUCAAGAACAAAUGGGGUGGAGAAGAUUGGGAGAUCUGUGAUCGCAUUUUGAUGGAUGGUAUGGAGAUAGAGAGGCUGAAGAUGGUUCAUUUAUUUCAUUAUUUCCACACCAAAAAAGGCAUGUGGUCUGAUGCCUCUCAUCAUAAUGAGAAAAGUGACUCUACAGAUAGAUACUGGCAGUAAUUUCUUUAAGCAAUAGAUUGCACUUUCUGUUAUUUUACUAUGGUGCUUUUCUCCAAAGUCUGAUGACUUAACAUACCCAAAAUGACAUUUUCAAAUCAAUCUGUAAACUAAUGUUAAUUAAUGUUAAGGUGAUCAGAUGAGAGAAAUGAUUUAGUUACAAGCUUUAUAAGUGUUCUCCCAAUAACACAAGUGGGUUAUUGUACAUGGGUGAACUGAUAGAAA